AUGACAGUGGUGUGCAUGAAUCCAAACUGCAAGGUUGUUCAAGCUUUAACGCCUGGAGCCAACUAUUUUGAGAUCCUUGGAUUAAGUUCAGAGCCAAAAUUUGAUCUAGAAGCCAAGGAUUUACGAAAUAAAUUCCUUAGGAUUCAGCAGCAAGUACAUCCAGACUCUUAUUCUCAGAACAUAAAUGGCGAUCAGCUUUAUGCACAACAGCAGUCAUCGUUGGUGAACAAGGCUUAUGCCACAUUGAAGGAGCCACUCAGCCGUGCAAAUUAUAUACUGGAGCUCCUUGGAGUGCCUAUUCAUGAGACGGAGUCACUGAACGAACCAGAGCUACUAAUGGAAGUCAUGGAAGCCAGGGAACUUCUGGAGGAUGCCCAGACAGAAGAAGAAGUUGAAGGGCUGAAAGAAAUCAACAAUGGUCGUAUUCAACAGGCUGUCGAUGGGCUCUCAAAGGCAUUCAGAGAACAGAAUCUAGAGGCAGCAAAGGCUCUUGCGAUUGAGUUGCAAUACUGGAUUCGAAUUCAGAAUGUUAUCCGUGACUGGGCUGCUGGCAAGCCAAUUGUUGCAGAUCAUGUCUAA